AUGGCGGCCACGGGGAGGAGUGCAUUAUUAUCCUCCACCUUAACCGGAUCCAAAACCACACUGGAGAACCAGGAGGAGGAUGACGGGCAGAAUUUAUGGUCGACUAUCUUGAGCGAAGUGUCGACCCAUUCGAGAUCAAAGCUACCAUCUGGGAAAAAUGUGCUGGUUAUGGGGGAAGUCGGCUCAGGGAAGACCACCUUGGUUGCCAAGUUGCAAGGAGUUGAAGAGUACAUGAAAGGCCGAGGGCUAGAAUACCUUUAUAUCAGCGUCCAUGACGACGACAUCGACGACCACACUAGGUGUAAUGCCUGGGUUUUAGACGGCGACCUUUACCACAAAGGUCUACAAGGAAUCGCCAUACCGGUCGAUGCGAUCGGCAACACGUUACUGCUGAUAACGGUCGACAUGUCUCGACCGUGGAAUGCGCUGGACUCGCUCCAAAAAUGGGCCGCGGUGGCCAGGGAACACAUCGACAAAUUGCGGGUUCCUCCGGAAACACUGCGGGAGCUCGAACAUAGACUGGUGAAACAGUUUCAGGAAUAUACGGAGCCCGGUAGCGGGGAUGACGGGACUCCGCAAAGGAGAAAUGAGGAGGAAGAGAGUGUGCUGCUGCCUUUAGGGGACAACACACUCACGCACAAUUUGGGAAUACCAAUGGUAGUGGUGUGUACUAAGUGUGAUGCCAUCAGCACUUUGGAGAAAGAGCACGACUACAGAGACGAACACCUGGAUUUUAUUCAGUCCCACAUCCGACAGUUUUGUCUACAAUAUGGAGCGUCGCUUAUUUACACAUCGGUGAAGGAGAUGAAGAACCUUGAUGUGCUCUAUAAAUAUCUGGUCCACAGACUUUACGGCUUUCCGUUUCAUUGCCCGGCGCAAGUGGUGGAAAGAGAUGCAGUCUUUAUUCCUUCAGGUUGGGACAACGAAAAGAAGAUUGCGAUACUUCAUGAAAACUUCCAGACAAUAAAGACAGACGACGGGUUCGAGGAUGUCAUUGUCAAACCGCCGGUCAGAAAGAUUGUCCAUGAAAAGGAGAUCCAGGCUGAAGAUGAUCAAGUUUUUCUGGUAAAAUUGCAGUCUUUGCUUGCCAAGCAACCUGCUGUUAGUGUUGGGCGACCAGUGGACACGACAUCCAGAGCGCCCACCGGUUCGCCACGGACGAGCAACCGUUCUGCGGCUGCUAACGUCGCUAACGCCAUGCCACAAUCGGGUCAAACCAGUGAGGGCGUCUUGGCCAACUUCUUUAACAGUCUACUGAUCAAAAAACCUGGAACUGCAGGAGCAGGACCGGCGGCAGGUGGCAACAACACUCCCGGAACGGUCCGCAAAUCGGGCUCCAAACUGGGCCUGAGCGACGUCCAGGCGGAGCUGGACCGCAUCUCCAACCGAGAGUCAGACUUGGACUUGCCCAACGCCAACGAGACCCCCGCCACCGACGGCCAAAACACAUGA